AUUGUGUUCCUCGUAAUGGGGCGACCUCAAAGGUCACAGGCCGCUCAAUGCGAAACACGCUCGAGCAUUUCGCACGAGCAAUUAAACAUUUCGCAAUUUAUUGCUUCGGUACUUCGGAAUCCGAGAAUGCAAUCGACCGAGCAGCUGCGACCGGAGCAGCUGGUGGGCCUGGUGGCCCGGUCGGCCGAGGGUACGGCCGCCAAGGGGAUGCCGAUCAAGGGCCACGAGGACCUCUGGGUGGAGAUUCAGGCCAACACCUUUCGGAACUGGGUGAACGAGCACCUGAAGCACGCCGGCGACGUGGGCGGCGGCCCCGUGCUGGACCUCGCCGAGGACUUCCGGGACGGUACGCGUCUUUGCGCCCUGGUCGAGGUGCUGACGAAACGCCGGCUGCCGCGAUGGAACCCGCGACCGGCGAACCAGCACCAUCACCUGGAGAACGUGUCCACGGCGCUGCAAGCCAUCGAGGCCGACGGCGUCAAGCUCGUCAAUAUCGGUAACGUGGACAUCGUGAACGGCAAUCUGAAGCUGAUCCUGGGCCUGAUAUGGUCGCUCAUCGUGCGGUAUCAAAUAGGCAAGUCCAAGUUCCCGCCGAGGAAACUCAUGCUCGCAUGGCUCAAGGCUGUCCUGCCGGAAUGCAGGGUCAAUAAUUUCACGACCGACUGGAACUCCGGCGUGUAUCUGAGCGCGCUUUUGGAUUACUGCAAGCCCGGCCUGUUCACCCAUUGGCGCCAGCUCGAUCCGAAUGAUAGUGUUUACAACUGUCGCAAAGCAAUGGAGAUCUCGAAGCGGGAAUUCGAUAUCCCCAUGGUGCUGGAGCCGGACUACCUGGCGUCGCCGUACCUGGACGAGCUCUCGGGGAUGACCUACUUGUCGUACUUUAUGAAGGAAGGCUCGCCAGGCUUCCACGCAACGCUACGAUGGGUCAAUUCGCAAUUAUCACACACCUCAAUACGGAACUUCACGACGGACUGGAACGACGGUCGAGCACUUUGCGGUAUCGUCAGAAAUCUGGGUGGCCCGGCGCCACCCUACGAAAAACUCGACACCGACCCCUCCGCGUGGGAGCAUAAUUUGCAAAUGGGCAUCGACGGCGGCAAGAAGCUGGGCGUGGAGCCGAUCCUGAAAGCAAAGGACAUGGCAGACCAGAAUGUAGAGCAUUUAGGUGUAAUGGCAUACGCGGCGUACUUUCAGUGGGUGAAGCCUCGCCCUCAAGCGAGUCAACAGAUUGCCGUGCACGUCGACAGCACAUCCGCCCGAGUGCAACAGCCGGCACAUUUCAAGCUGGAGAUGCUCACCAAAGAUGUAAACGCGAGGGAGGUACGCGGCGAGAUCAUCAGUCCUAGCGGACGCGUGGAGUGCAGGCUCACGUGGAACGGAGUUCAUGGCAAAGGUACCUUCGUACCUACAGAAGUGGGCAUGCACAAGCUGAUGGUAUACAACGAUGGCGAGCUGGUGAACGGGUGUCCUUAUUACUUCAGGGUUUUGCCGCCUUUAACGAAAAUCAAAUCCCCGGGCAUGGAUCCUUGCGCCAUAGGAUCUAUCGUCGAGGUUCUAGUCAACAGUUACGGAACUAGUCAUGACGGUAUCGACGUGACCGCGUGGUCUCCGACCGGAAGAUCGCUGCCGUGUCCCGUCAAGGAAAACGACGGCGUACAUACGGCGACCUUUCAACCCGACGAGACGGGAGAGUGGAGUAUCGCGAUAACGCACAAGGGAAAUCACAUACAAGGCGGUCCCUUUACUUGCUUCGUGUUUGAUCCUAAUGGAAUCAAGCUCUUGGACACCGACGGUGCCAUGCCCGGACAACCUUUCUCCUUCAUCGUUGAUGCGCGGGGAACUGGCGGACUGGGCGACGUUAUCAUCGACAUCGUCCACGACAAGCAAUCGGUGCCCUACAGAAUAGAGGAUUUUGGCCACAUGCAGUAUCGGGUGUCCUUCGUGCCUGGCAACGACGGCAAGUACCGAGUGUACGUGUACUUCAACGGCUCGGACGUUCGUGGUUCGCCGUUCUCCAUACGCGUGGGAACGCAGAAGGGCUCCUGCAGGUCGAAGGAGUCCACAUCCAGCCUAGAACGGUCCAAGGUGUCGUCCCUGGAACGACGAAUGAACGGGCUAAACGUGUCCGCGACGGAACGAAACAGCCCGACUCAGAAGAUGUACACCUCGACCGCGUACAAGUCCAUCAGUCCGACGCAGCGUGGUUACUCGCCUAUUCAUCAGACGAGCCCGACCUACAAAAUGUCCAGCAACUACGUCACCGAGAACUCCACGACUUAUCACAGUACUAACUCGCUGAAUCGCACUCGCUCGCCGAAUCAUAUCAAUCACAGCCCCGUGCAGAGGAACGUGCAGAGCCCGUCGGUGCUGAAGGAGACGAAGGAGAUUUACAGCAGCAGUGCGUACAACCAUCGCUCGAGAUCGCCGAAUCUACAGAGUCCCAGCUUCAUCAAAGAGUCCAAGGAUAUUUAUUCGUCUAGCACGCUCAAUAAAUCGCGAUCGCCGGACCUAAGCCCGACCGCUCACCUUAUCAAAGAGUCCAGGGACAUCUACAACUCGGGAUCCCUGAAGAGAUCGCGCUCGCCGACCCGCAGUCCGAUGACAUAUCGGAGCGCGACGCAGAGUCCCGUGAAUCGUAGUUUCAGCCCGAGGACAGGCGACAAGGACGCGUCGUUCAACAGACGCGGAUCUACGGAGAACGGCGUCGUCGACACCAGCAGCAACGUGCGGGUGUCCUCGAUGGUGGGUGGCACCUCGAGGCGCGAUUCUUGGGACGCGAUCGCCAAGACGAAGUCGUUACUGUCGUACGGCAGUCUCGAGUCCCUCGCGAAUCUGACGAGCAACUCGCCGACCGCGGAGAACCGCGGCGGCAGCAGCCCAAACGACAACUUCCUGAACAACAAUUACAAGAGCGCGCAGAGCUACACCGCCAAGAACGUGUCGUCGCACUCCGCGACGACGAGUUACUCGUCCGUACAGAAAUCAUCCCCGAGCCCCGACUACGGCGCGGGUCCGAGGUACGACGGUCAGACGGCCACUCGCACGCACGGCAUCCUGAAGAACAAGAACAACAACUACUACGGGAAGAUCGCGGACGCGACGGACGGCACCGCGACUCACGACAAGUAUCUGAACAACGGCGGUGCCGUCUACGUGUCCGCGUUGUCCGGCAAGAGCGGCACGACCGUCGCCACCGGAAGCGCCCUGGAAACAUUGCCGGUGCACCGGCCGACCACUUUCAGCGUCAACACCGGCGUGGAUCCCAAUAAGGUGUCCGUCACCGUUACCGGUCCCAACGGCAAGACCGUGCCGAUACAGAAAUCGAAGCUGCGUGGCUUGACGUACACCAUCACCGCCGAGGAGGUCGGCGAACACGUCAUACAAAUUCUGGUGAACGGCCAGCACAUCAAGGGAUCGCCCUUCAGAUCGCAGGCGUAUAACGCUCGUGCUAUACAGGUUGGGAAGAUCCCGAACGGAGUGGUGAACCAGCCGGUAGAAUUUGAAAUUGACGGAUCGAGAGCCGGCUCGGGAAACUUGGAGAUCCUCGUAAACGGAGGCCAUGUCACGAGUUUCGUGAGAGCGCUAGGUAGUCAACGUUUCUUGGCAUCGUUUGUGCCGCACGAAGCUGUUACACAUCUGGUCGAAAUGACGUUCAACGGGGAAGUCAUCCCUGGAUCACCUUGGCGAGUCGGCAUCAUGCCUGCACCGAAGAUGUCAGUGAUCGGUGAUUCCAUCAGGCUGGUUCCCGCUGGCAGUCCCGCCCUCUUCGAGCUGUCUGCAUUAGGUUUCAGCAGCAGCGAGAUCGACGUUCAGAUCAUAACACCCUCGAAGAGGCACAUUCCUGCGAGAAUCGACGAGGAGCCCGGACGUUCCGGCGAGUUCCGCGUCGAGUUCACGCCCACCGAAGUGGGCAGCCACCUCGUGGAAGUCAGCAUCGCGGGACAGAAGCUACCGGCGGGACCACUCGUCGCCAAGGUGUACAACAGCAGUCUGAUCCAAGUUACUGACGUACCUAGCGCCGUGGUCGGACAUGCCUGUCAAUUCAGAGUGGAUGCCAGCGCUGCUGGAGAAGGUCAAUUAGAGAUCUCCAUAAACGAGGGAGAGGUGCCCAAUCACGUUCAAGUGGUGGGCGGUGGCCGUUGCCUCGUAUCCUUCACCCCCGAGGUCGCCAAGCCGCAUUAUAUCGACAUAAAGUUUAACGGAGAAGCAGUACGCGGAUGUCCUUUCAUCUGCAAUGUGUCAGACACAAGUAGAGUCACGUUGAGUUUGAAUCACUUAGAACUUAUCCCGGUCGACCAACCUGCCAGCUUUCACAUGGGAGUCGACGGAAGCGGCAGCGCGGAGUUAGCGGUUUACGUAAGGGGACCAAACAGUGAGUUGCCAGUUAAAGUCACUGGUAACGUAAGCAGCGGUUUUACCGCGGAGUUUAUACCGAAGGAAGUGGGAGUACAUUCAAUUAGCGUAGAAUAUAAUGGCUAUCCCGUGAAUGGCACGCCGUUUUUGGCUAAAGCAUUCAACGCAGACAAAGUGCUAAUCGGGCCUGUAGCUAGAGGCAGUGUCGGUCAACCAACCCACUUCACUGUCGAUGCAAGUCAAGCUGGUGAAGGAAAUUUGGAGAUCACGAUAUCGGCUCGCGGUCAAAACAUACCGACUCAGGUAACGCCGCAAGGAAACGCGCGGUUCUCCGUCAGUUUUGUGCCGUUUGAGGCAUGCGAGCACGUUAUCAACAUUGCCUUCAACAAGAAAACCGUGCCUGGCUGCCCUAUAGUGACAAGGGUGGGCGGCGAUAGUCACGUAACUGUGAGUGGACAGGCAUUAAGCAGCGCUGGAUUAGGACGGCAAAGCUAUCUGACCGUCAGUAACGUUGCCGGUAGCUUGGAAGAUUUAGAAGUUAACGUUGAAGGACCCAAUGGACAGGCCGUACCUGCUCAGGUCACUGACAACAAAGAUACGACAUGCAGCGUGGCGUUCACACCGAGAGUCGUCGGCGAGCACCGGAUAUCGGUGAACUAUCGAAACAUCCCGGUGGUCGGCAGUCCGUUCAGCUGUAAAGUGUACGACGUCACCGCGAUAAAAGUGAAGGAUGCGAAACGUGGUGUCAUCGGCAUGCCCGUAACUUUCUUAGUCGAGACUAGUCAGGCGGGACCAGGUAAUCUAGAAGUAACUGUAAACGGCGGACGUGUGCCGACGUCGGCACAGGCGCAGGGUCCUCACACGUACGCGAUCUCGUUCACACCCCGAGAACCGAUCGUGCACACCGUGGACUUACGUUUCAACGCGGAGGACGUGCCUGGUAGUCCGUUCAGCUGUCAGGUCAGUGAUACGGCGAAAGUGCUAGUAACCGAGGUACUCGAGAAAGUAUCUGUGAAUCGUGUCGCGACCUUCACAAUAGAGGCCGACGCAUCUCUCGGUACACCCGUCGUCGAGGUGCUCUCUCCCACCAGAGAGAGUUUAUCUGUACACGUUAAGCAGAACAGUCCUGGUACCUACACCGCUGGAUUUACCCCGAAGGAUACUGGCGAUCACAGCGUCGAAGUAAAGCUCAAUGGAUCGCACGUGGAAGGCAGCCCGUUUCUCGUUAAAGCUUAUAACGCUGAUAAAGUCAAGGUGACGGAUAUAAAUAGCGGGGUCGUUGGGAAACCGAUAUUCUUCAGCAUCAAUGCCAGUCAAGCCGGGGCUGGAAAUCUGGAAAUCAUAGUCGCAGUGAACGGCAAGAACGUUCCGAAUUAUGUGCAAAGCGAGGGCAACGCGAAGUUCAGGGUCAAUUUUAAGCCACAAGAAGCCGCUGUACAUAGUCUCAGUGUUCGUUUCAAUGGAGAACCAGUUCCAGGUUCACCGUUCAGCUGCAAGGUGAUAGGUGCGGGUCAAGCGACAAUUUCCGGUCAUAAUUUGAAAAUGGGUGCUGUGAAGCGGUUGAUGUCCUUUACCGUGGAUCCCCAGACUCCGUCCACGAAUUGUGACGUUAUCGCGACGCCACCAUCGGGUAUCGCUCUGCCCAUUACCAUCGAGCCCAUCGACGGCAAGUACAACGUGAGCUUUGUACCCACGGAAGUCGGUAGACACAACAUCAGCGUCCUGGUGGACGGAGAAUCGAUAAAAGGCUCUCCGUUCGCCUGUAAUAUUUAUGACGUGACUAAGGUACAUGUCUCCGGUCUCACGGAGGCGUUGCUUGGCCAGGCGACCACGUUUACCGUUGAUGCCGCAGAGGCUGGCGAGGGAACGCUGGAACUGGUGGUGAGCACGGAGAACAACACUGUUAAAGCCGAAGUAGUGGCUUGCGCUCGUGGUCUUUACGACGUCACAUUCGUACCACAGACGACGAGUACACAUUAUGUUAAUAUCAGCUUCAACGACGACAAUGUGCCAGGGAGUCCAUUUAAGUGCCCCGUCGUUAGUGGCAUGUUACAUGGUCCAUCGAUGGUUCGAGUCGGUAAUACGGCAUACAUAGAUCUGGAUAUGUCUGAUUUGAAUGGUCCUGUAGCCGCGGAAGUAACCGGUCCGGAUGGAAUAAUUAUUCCGUGCACGUUAACCAAAUUAUCGUCCAGUUUAUAUCGCGUGGAAGUUCGAACGCGACAAGUAGGAUCGUACAGUAUAAUAUUCAACGACGGACACAAGAUGGUCAGUUCGCAGACACUCCAAGCUUUCGAUCCCAGCAAAGUUUCCAUCAAGGAAAUAGCGGACGCGGUUUGUCAUCGGCCAGGAACUAUUUUAGUCGUUGCAUCAAAGGAAGCUGGUCCUGGUAAAUUAUCCGUCAAUGUGCGUGCAGGUGGUGCUGAUGUGGACAGUCUAGUAAGAGAAAGGGAGAAUGGUGUUUAUGAAAUUGUGUUCCAUCCCACGCGAGCCGCGCCUCACAGAGUUCACAUAAAAUACAACGAAGUCCAUAUUCCGGGGAGUCCAUUGGAUGUGACGGUACGUGGUCCAACGGGAGGACGGGAAGUGACGGCCACGGGAUUAGGUCUGUAUCAAUCGUGUGUUGGAAAAAUAACAUCUUUCACGAUCGAGACUCUCGGGCGUCCUGGCAAGGAGUUUGACGUCGUUAUCAGCGGUCCGCAGGGUAAUGCCGUACCCGUACGUUGUUAUCAGCAUCGCGACGGCAAUCUGCUUGCCGAAUUCACGACGAAUAGCGUUGGCACAUAUAAAAUCGACGUGUUGCACGGAGCGAAGCCGGUAUUGGGCUCGCCAUUCUUCUGUCAAGCUUUCGACGCAGCUAAAGUAAAGCUUCAGGAACUAGGUCCCAUGACGAUUUCUGUUCACGACCACAUCGCAUUCAAACUGAUGAAAGCCGACGCUGGGACGGCCGACCUGGACGUGACGGCGACAAGCCCAUCGGGCCAAGAGAUCCCGCUGCAGGUCACUCCGCUCAACGAUGGCGCCGAGAUGAUCGAGUUCUCGCCCAGCGUACCCGGUACCUACAUGAUCAACGUCACUUACGGCGGAUGUUCCGUACCUGGAAGUCCCGUGGUAUGCACCGUCGACGCGGUCGGGCAGGCUCGCGCGAAAGGCGAAGGAUUGCUGAGCGGUCAUGUGGGUAAACCGGCACACUUUAUCGUCACCGGCACGAGAAGUCCGCCGGCGGUUCAGGUGGACGGACCGGACAGUGUUUCUAAGGCCACCAUUGAAGCCGGCGCUAAUCCCGGCACGUGGAACGUGUCUUACGUGCCGAGUGAAGUCGGAGUGUUCGACGUGAGGGUCGUUUCCGCCGGGCAACAACUGCCGGGAUCUCCGUGGCAUCCGAAGAUCAUUGACACGCGGAAUCUUCGUGUUAUCGGUGGCUGGUCCGCUGUAUGCGAUGAUAUUGGUCGCUUGAAAUUGCAUCCGUCGAACAAGAUCAGCUUUGACACCGCAGAGGCCGGACCCGGCGAAAUCAGUGGAACUGUCGGCGAUCACCCUCUCGCCUUCGAAAUGACAUCUAGCAAUAGGUUGAAGCUCGUUCCGCCGCAGAUAAGCAACGGCGAACAUCGCCUGGAGAUACUGUUCAACGGCACACCGUUUCCCGGUGCACCGAAACUCGCGCUCGUGCAGGAUUUGGAGCCGCCAGUGCAGGACACAAGCCGAGUGUUAUUAAAGGGACGAGGAUUAACGUCGGCCAAGUGCGGCGAGGAAGUCAGUUUUACCAUAGACGGUUCUCAAGCCGGUAGCGGAACUCCGAAAGUGCAAUUGUUUUCGCCUACCAGCGAACUUAACGUCAUGUUACAACAUUUGGGCGACAGCGUUUAUCGUGCAAGCUAUAUACCGCUAACGCCGGAUCCGCUUUUGAUGACCGUGUCGUGGAAUGGGAGACAAUUGAAGGGUUGCCCAUUGCAAAUUAACGUUACGAGUGCGGCCGACGCGUCCAGGGUUAUCUGUUCCGGAGAUGGACUGAAGCAUGGUGUCGUCGGACAAGAAAUCAGAAGUUUUAUCGAUACUAGAAGAGCUGGACCAGGUGAGUUAACGGCGCAUUGCGUUGGACCGCACAAAGUAGCGUAUUGCGAGCUGUACGAUCACGGCGAUGCCACGUUCACGUUGAACGUGAAGCCUCAGGAGGCGGGACGACACGCAUUAACGAUCAAAUAUGCUGGAGAACACGUUCCUGGUUCUCCGUUUACGUUACGCGUCUCCGGAGCCCCGGAUGCUUCAAAGGUUCGUGUCUACGGACCGGGAAUCGAGCACGGCGUACUGGCGACUUUCCAAUCGCGAUUUAUCUGCGACACGCGAGGCGCCGGCGCCGGUCAGCUUACAGUGAGAGUACGUGGGCCUAAGGGAGCGUUCAGGGUGGAGAUGCAACGAGAGACUCAAAAGGACCGAAUCAUUCUCUGUCGGUACGAUCCGACGGAACCCGGGGACUACAGAGUGGAGGUUCGUUGGGCUGGUGUCUUGGUGCCAGGUUCUCCGUUCCCCGUUAAAAUCGUCGACACGCAAGACGAAUUACUAAUGCUCACACAAGGCGGAGAUAAUUAUUCGACAGGCCAUCAUACUAUCACAUCGUGGCGUGGAUCGCAAACUAUAUUGUAAAAACGCCGCAGCUCUAACAUUGUUAUAUUUUGUAUGGACUAAUAUAUUCGAUAAUAUAUGAUAAUUAUUGUAACUUAUGUGCAAACGUUUCCAAUAAACUCAACAUUCCGAUUAAA